UCGUCUUGUCCAUUCCUCUUCUUCAGUCAUGCAACCGUAAAGGUCACAGCACUGAUUCCACCUCUUAAUAUCACUGAAAACCUUUGUGGUUGUUUUAUUGCAACCAUGUUUCCGCGUAUUUUGAGGAAGCUGAUUUUAUGCCAUGGCGGAAGGAAAGUUGCACCAGUCUACAGCUCUCACGUGCCUCCGACUCUCCCUCUUUUCGUCAAACACAUUGUGUUCCUUUACGCAAAGGUUCGGUUCACUUAUGUUACAUUAACUAAUCUCCUGGUGGUUACGUCGAUUAUUGCGCGCUCGUUCCUCGCGGGUCCUGACGUCUGAAAAUGAGCGAUCAGAGGAGAAACGCUCUCAAAACAAUACUUCAGCUGGCGUGUCAGCUUCUGUGGGUGAUGGGGUUGGUGGUGGGCUUGAGUGGAUUCUAUCUGCUGAUGAAAUACAGGCACAGCAGCUUAUUUUUUUCUCACACCUACAUCACCAUGCCAGCUAUCCUCGCUCUCGCCAGCGCUGCUUUCCUAUUGGCCAGCGGGUUCCUCGGCACGUGGCUGAGCCUCAGAGAUUCCACCUUUCUGCAGGGACUGUUUGUUUAUCUACUAGUUGUGGUCUUUUGUCUGGAAAGUUCGGCUUCAGCGUUGGCUUACUGCCACUCCAUAAAGCUGAAUACAGAGACAACUUCCCUCAGUGGUGUGUUUCAGAAUUACACAGGCAGCAGCCAGGACCCCAACUCUCGAGCUGUGGAUGCUACACAAGAGCAGUUGCAGUGCUGUGGUGUCCAUGACUACAGGGACUGGCUUGAAACCUCCUGGUUUAACCAGACUGGAGGACUCAGUGUUCCUCACAGCUGCUGCAACUCUACUUUCCCCUCCUGCAAUGGAACUGCGGACCAGCCAUGGCAGCUUUACCCACAGGGCUGCCAGGUGAAGCUGGAGAUGGCUUUACAGUUUGUUCUGAGUUUCAUCAUCUGGGGCUCCCCAAUGGUUUUUCUGGUGGAGUUUGUUGUGCUGCUGACGGUGGCACAGCUGAUGAGGGACAAGCCAUUUAUCAGAUAUCACGUACUGGACAAAAACUAAAGACAGAUGGGACAGCACUGUACUGUGCACAGAUAGUGUAAUAUUAUAUUAUUAUUACUGUUCCUGAUUUUCAAACUUGUGUGAUCUCUAAUCUGUUUCACUACUGUUAAUUAAUGCAGGUUUACUCCAGCACACUACAAAACAUGUGACAUAAAACUAUGGAUUGUUGCCGUCAUCAUUUUUUGCCUACACAUGGCUGGAGCUCUGUCAUAUCUUCCCUUACCACUAUUAAACAAAUCAAUGUGAUAUGAUGACUUGCGUUUGGGUGUGUAAGGUAAUUUUUGUGUUGACCCAGAUUGUAAGUGAAUUAUUAUUGUAAACAGAACACUUGUUGUUCACUGUCUCUAUGUGUACACUAAUGUUUUGUUGUGUUUGUUUGAAAUUGUCACAGGGAACAUUUCUGAGGGGGGCAAUAAUCUAAACUAAAACUAUACCUAAUUUGCUCUCACUGAGCUGUUGAUUAAACACAUCACUUCCUGAUCUGAACACUUGUCCCUCACAGAUCACAAAUUGAGCAUUAUUACCUUCAUGAAG